AUGACAGCGCCCCCUGGCGGCCCGGAGGUGUCUCCUGCAGAGGUCUCGGUCAGCCUCCUCUCCGUCAUCGUCACCUUCUGCGGCCUCGUCCUCCUGGGGGUCUCGCUCUUCGUCUCCUGGAAGCUCUGCUGGCUCCCCUGGCGCCACAAGGGGGGUCCCGGGGGGGUCCCCCAAAGGAAGGACCCCCCCCAAACCCCCGGGGGGGUCCCUUUUGGGGACCCCCUGCCCGAGAGGGGCGACCCCGAGCCCCCCCCCGAGCGCUGCUACCUGGACAUGGGCUCCUCGCUGCCCCCCGUCCCCGAGGAGGUCCCGGCUCACCUGGGCCAGAUCCAGCCCGAGCUCUACGACGCCGCCGACGGCCGCGGUGGCCCCGGCGCCGCCGGAGGUGACCCCGGCGACCCCUCCGGCCGCUCCGGCCCCUCCUGCGGCCGCCUCAGCGUCUCCCUGCGCUACUCCUACGGCUCCCAGCAGCUCCUGGUGCGCGUCCUCCGCGCCCGCGACCUCCCGGCCAAGGACUCCAACGGCUUCUCCGACCCCUACGUGAAGAUCUACCUGCUGCCCGACCGCAAGAAGAAGUUCCAGACCAAGGUCCUGCGCCGGACGCUGAACCCCGAGUGGGACGAGACCUUCAGCUUCGGGGUGCCCUUCGCCGAGCUGCCGGCGCGGCGGCUGCACUUCAGCGUCUACGACUUCGACCGCUUCUCCAGGCACGACCUGAUCGGGCAGGUGGUGCUGGACAAUCUGCUGGAGGCGGCCGAGGCCAGGCCGGAGGUGCCCAUCUGGAGGGACAUCCAGGAGGGGACGGGGGAGAAGGCGGAGCUGGGCGAGGUGAAUUUCUCUCUCUGUUACCUGCCCACGGCCGGGCGCCUGACGGUCACCGUCAUCCGCGCCUCCAACCUGCGCGCCAUGGACCUCACCGGCUACUCAGACCCCUACGUGAAGGCCUCGCUGAUGGCCGAGGGCCGGCGGCUGAAGAAGCGCAAGACGUCCAUCAAGAAGAACACCCUGAACCCUAACUACAACGAGGCGCUCGUCUUCGACGUCCCCCACGAGAGCGUGCACCACGUCAGCCUCACCAUCGCCGUCGUCGACUACGACUGCAUCGGGCACAACGAGGUGAUCGGGCUGUGCCGCGUGGGCAGCGACGCCGACGGCCCCGGCCGCGAGCACUGGGCGCAGAUGUUGGCGAACCCCCGCAAACCCAUCGAGCACUGGCACACCCUGGUGGAGGAGAAGGCUCUGACCAAGGCGACGCCGCGGGACAAACCGGCCCUGGGGGAGUCCCUGGGCCCCCAGUGAGCUGGCCGGCGCCUCCGGGGCCAUCGGGGCCCGAAGCCAUAGGGGCCCCCCCGGCCCCCCCGGCCCCCGAG